GCUCUGAAGUUGCAUGGGAAGUCUCUCGUUUUGAUGGCUGGUACAACAGUCUGGCGUGUCCAAAACGUGGAGCAGUCGGAUCUCACCUCGUGCGUCUCCUGCCCGCGCGCUUCUGGGAUGGCGUGUACCAGCCAAUCCAGGAGCCCCAGUUGCCCAAUCCACGGGCCCUCAGCCGUGUGCUCACCCAGGGGCCAUCGGGACUGCCCUCCACACGAAACCAAACCGUCCUCUCCUUGUUUUUUGGUUAUCAUGUUACAUUUGAAAUAUUUGACUCUCGAAAUCCUGGAUGCCCACCUGAGUUCAUGAAUAUCCCAGUACCUAAAGGGGAUCCAAUUUUUGACCCUUCCUCAACUGGCAAAGUCCUGCUUCCCUACCAGAGAACACAAUAUGCUGAAGAAACUGGCCAGAGUCCCAGCAACCCUCGCAUUCAGUUGAACCUGGUGUCAGCAUGGAUUGAUGGCAGCUCCAUAUAUGGCCACUCCAGUUCUUGGUCUGACUCCCUGAGGAGCUUCUCUGGAGGUCUAUUAGCUUCAGGUUCUGAGCGGGACAUGCCACGUCUUGAGUCUGGACUCAGGUUCAUGUGGAGUGCCCCAAACCCUUCUACUCGAGAGCAUGGAACAAAUGGCCUGUAUGAGUUGGGCAAUGCAUGGGCCAAUGAGAACAUGUUCACUGCUGCAGAAGGGAUUAUAUGGUUUCGCUACCACAAUUAUGUCGCCUCCAAGCUGCACGAGGAACACCCAGAGUGGUCAGACGAGAGGCUCUUUCAGAAUGCCAGAAAGACCGUUGUGGCCACAUUUCAGAACAUUGUAGCCUAUGAAUGGCUUCCUGCAUAUCUGGGAGACAAAAUGCUCAGUGCUUAUCCAGGUUAUCAGAAGUUUGUUGACCCAGGUAUCUCUCCUGAGUUUCAAGUUGCAGCCAUUAGAUUUGGUAUUACUAUGGCCCCGCCUGGUGUUUACAUGAGAAAUAAAACCUGUAAUUUCCGAGAAAUUAUUAACUCAGAUGGGAGACCCUCUCCUGCAAUACGUCUGUGCAACAGUUUCUGGAUUCGUCAGAGUCCUAACAUGAAGACAAGCCAAGAUAUUGAUGAGUUAAUUAUGGGCAUGGCGUCCCAGAUUUCAGAGAAAGAAGACAAUAUUGUAGUUGAAGAUCUUAGAGAUUUCAUGUACGGACCCCUGAGAUUCACUCGAACUGAUCUUGUAGCUCUAACUAUAAACAGAGGAAGAGACUUUGGCCUACCCACUUACACCGAAGUCAGAAAGGCUUUUGAUCUGCCGCUUUUAAAAACGAUUAAAGAUAUAAAUCCAGAGCUCUACCGCGCCAACCCACAGCUACUAAAAGGCAUUGCUGAGCUGUAUGAUGCAGAUAUUUCUAAAUUGGAGCUCUUUGUUGGAGGACUGCUGGAGUCUGUGGAUGGUCCUGGUCCAGUUUUCUCUGCCAUAAUCCUGGACCAGUUUGAACGGAUCCGAAAUGGAGAUCGCUUCUGGUUUGAAAAUAAACAAAAUGGUUUGUUUACAGAUGAAGAGAUUCAAAUAAUCCGCAACACAACAUUUCAUGAUGUCAUUGUUGCAGUCACAAGCUCUGGCUCCACAGAUAUACAAGAAAAUGUGUUCUUCUGGACAAAUGGUGACCCUUGUCCUCAGCCUACACAGCUAACUGCAUCAGCACUCCAGCCCUGCACUAAUGCUACCAAACUUAAUUACUUUGAUGGAGACAAAGCAGGAUUUAUAUUUUUUAUUACUGUCCUCAUCCUUUUUCCCUUUGUGAGUUUGCUUGUGGCCUGGUUGGUGGCAAUAUUGAAGAAAUACAAAUAUAAUAAGCUUCAGAGAGAAAGAAAAUCUGUUAAUAGGACAGAUGAGCCCACGGUUGGGAUCCCAGCUUUUGAGUGGCAAAGCAAUAUGAAACAUCUCCAUCCUGUCAGUGUGGAGUUUGACGAAAAGAGUCGAGUCCAUGUUUUUGACAGGGCCGGACCUGCUCUCCGGACCCUGUAUGUGGGAAACCAGGACUGUCUGGACAUCAUUUUAUCUAACGACUGUCAACGCAAAGCUCUGCUCCUCAAAGUGCCCAAGGAAUAUGAUCUGGUGCUGUUUUUUGAUGAUGAGAAUAUGCGCUCCUUAUUUGUGAACAAUCUCUGCUCAGAAUCUCUUGAGGGUGCAGGCAUUGGGAAAAAGGUGACGAUGAGAGAAAUGAGAGAGAGGGACCUGCUGAAAGAAGCUUUGACCAAAGAACAACGGGAGCGGAUAGUGGAGACAUUCAUAAGACAGGCUUUCUCCAAGGUUUUGGAAAUAGACCGGGGAGAGGCUGGAGACAUGAGUGGUGUGUCCCAUCAAAAGGCCAAAGAAGUGCUGCAGUGUGAGCUCACUGCCUCCGAGUUCGCUGAAGCCCUCAGCCUCAAACCAGACUCUCUGUUUGUGGAGUCCAUGUUCACAUUAGCCGAUAAAGAUGGGAAUGGUUACCUCUCUUUUCAGGAGUUUCUUGAUGUCAUUGUUAUUUUUAUGAAAGGUUCCUCUGAAGAAAAAUCCAAACUAAUGUUUGCCAUGAACGACAUUGAUAGAAAUGGCUACUUAUCGAAGGACGAGUUUGUCAGGAUGCUAAGGUCUUUUUUUGAAAUCUCUAAUGGGUCUUUGUCUAAGACCCAGGCUGAUGAUGGCAUUAAAGCGCUGAUGCAGGCUGGAGGUUUCGAAAACAAGGAGAAAAUCACAUGGCAGGACUUCCACUUUCUCCUCCAAGACCAUGAGAAGGAGCUGCAGUUUGCCCAGAUUAAUGUUAAAGGGAUGGAGAAACAAGGCAGGAAACGCUUCAGCCGAGACCAAAGAGUGUCCUUCAUCUGCCCUGCCGAUAGUCCAAAGUCGGAAGGAUCAGAACUACGUAGGAGGAAAUUACUCCAUAUUAAAACUCCAAACAUCUAUGUGAAACCAAAACGUGAGCAGUACAUAAAGAACCCGGUCCAGCAGAAGGUGCAGCAGUUCAAACGCUUCGUUGAGAACUACAGACGCCAUAUUGUCUGCUUCCUGUUUGUGUAUGGAAUCACAGCUGGGGUCACCAUAGAGAGAUGUUACUACUAUGGUAUCCGAGCUGAAGCUACAGGGAUGCCUGAAGUGUCCGCAGUGGGGGUAAUUGUGGCUCGUGGUUCAGCGGCUGCUAUCUCCUUCCUGUUUCCCUACAUGCUCCUCACCGUGUGCCGAAACCUCAUCACCAUUUGCAGAGAAACCUUUCUCAACCAUUAUAUCCCUUUUGAUGCUGCCAUAGAUUUUCACAGAUUUAUGGCUAUGACUGCUAUUGUCCUGUCAGUUGUCCACACUCUGGGACAUAUUAUCAACAUCUACGUGUUCUCGGUCAGUAACCUCAGCAUCCUGUCCUGUCUGUUCCCAAGAGUCUUCAGCAACAAUGGGUCAGAACUUCCUCCCAAGUGGUCAUGGUGGUUUUUUGAAACAGUUCCAGGAAUAACUGGUAUUCUACUCCUCAUUGUAUUUUCAAUCAUGUAUGUCUUUGCCUCACACUACUUUCGACGCAUUAGUUUUCGUGGAUUUUGGAUUACACAUUAUCUUUAUGUUAUUGUUUACAUCUUGACAGUGAUUCAUGGCAGUUUUGCUUUGCUUCAAGAGCCUCGUUUUCACAUUUUUUUGAUCCCCCCUGCGCUGCUGUUUUUACUGGACAAACUCAUCAGUCUGAACAGGAAGAAAGUGGAGAUUCCAGUCAUUAGGGCGGAGCUACUGCCUUCAGGUGUGACACACCUAGAGUUCAAAAAGCCACAGGGCUUUGUAUAUCGCUCAGGCCAGUGGGUGCGUGUGGCCUGCCUGAUGCUGGGCACAGAUGAGUACCAUCCCUUCACCCUGACAUCAGCCCCGCAUGAGGAGACCCUAAGCCUGCACAUUCGUGCUGUGGGGCCAUGGACCAGCCGCCUCCGUGAGAUCUACACCGAGGAGAGCCUGCUGGAGUUUGGAGCCUAUCCAAAACUAUACCUGGACGGCCCGUUUGGUGAAGGCCAUCAAGAAUGGGUGGACUUUGAGGUGUCUGUUCUGGUUGGAGGAGGAAUUGGAGUCACACCAUUUGCGUCAAUCCUCAAAGAUCUGGUUUUCAAGUCCUCCAUCAAGUCUAAGUUUCUGUGUAAAAAGGUGUACUUUAUCUGGGUGACCCGUACUCAGCGUCAGUUCGAGUGGGUGUCGGACAUCAUUAGAGAGGUGGAGGAGCUGGACACUCAGGAGCUGGUCUCUGUGCACACGUACAUCACUCAAGUGGCUGAGAAGUUUGACCUCCGCACGACCAUGCUGUAUGUGUGUGAGCGGCACUUUCAGAAGGUGUGGAACCGCAGUCUGUUCACAGGCCUGCGCUCCGUUACCCACUUCGGACGACCUCCUUUUGUGUCCUUCUUCAGCUCCCUGCAGGAAGUUCACCCUGAGGUGGCAAAGAUCGGUGUGUUCAGCUGUGGGCCUCCAGGACUGACCAAAAAUGUGGAGAAAGCCUGUCAGCAGAUGAACAAGCGAGACCAAGCCCACUUUGUACAUCACUAUGAGAACUUUUAAUUUAUUACCACCAUAC